AUAAACGCGCAGGCAAGUUGUUCGACGAAAUUCUUGAGAGGAGAUAUAACAGUAUUAAGAGAUGCCACUAGAACCUAUCAAAUUCUUGAGAAAAAGCUCAAGCAUUGUUCUUGGUGGGUUUGUGAUCAUAAACGUGGUUUCCACGGCAGCUCUAGGAGCAUUUCGAUUCACUGUAGACGAGAAACGGAAGAAAAGCGGAUUGUGUUGUCGUGGGAAAGGGUUUUACAUAUGCAAGUUAUGCAAAGGAAACGCAAGUAUAAAGUGGUCGCCAUUGUAUGAUCCAGUUUGUAUCAACCCGUGUCUUUGCCCUACUUGCGAUGGUCACAGGGUACAACGAUGUCUCAACUGCAUAGGGAAGGAAUAUUGUUGAUUACUCCUUUGAAUUUUCCUUUAGUUUUUACUUUUAGUUAUUGGUAAGCUACUUUUUAACUUCUACUAAAAGCUUUCUUCUGUUUUGUAUUCCAUUAUGAAAUGUACCAUUUGUAGCUAGUUGUGUUCACUGGUUAUGCUUUUCUUCCAGCUACGUUUGUCUAACCAGGUGUUUGAUGAUGUGGGUUAGUUUUUGACAAAAGUGUUGAAUUGCAAGGAAAUAAAGAAUAUAACGUUCUGUAAAAAAGAAUAUGUUUUGGAUCAUCACUAAUCAGUUUGACAAAGACAAGCCACAUAACAGGUUCAAGUCGCUAGUUAAUGUAACAUUUGUAAGGGAACAGAAUAAUCAUACAUAUUAACAUUUCUUAUCUACAAAUAAUGAUUUUGAAACCAAACUCAUGAACUGAACAACAGACACUAACUCUCCAAUGCUUCCAUUGAGAAAGGCUUUUUGUGUCGCAUGUUUGGUUAGUAAGUGAAGAACAUAUGAGAUUCUAUAAGGAUCCAGAUAGCUGUAAGAAGAUGAAGAAGAAUAGGUUCUCUCACAUUCAGAAGCAACAUGCCUUCCGAGUUGUUCAAAGUCAACCACGAGCCUUGCCGUUACCAAGUGUAAGCUCCAGAUCCUCCAUACCAACAUCAUGUAUCCUCUCUCCUUCCCACGGUUUAACUUGGCUAUUCUCAAACUUAAUCUCAGAGCCUUGACCAAUCCCUGAGACAUCCCCUGAGGCACCGCGAGAAGGGCUCGGGAAAGAUGAGGAAGAUGGGCUGAGUUGGUAAGAAGGGAUGGGACUUUGAAAGGCAGAAGAGAGAGGGCUCUGGUUUUGAGAUGUGUAAGGAGUGACUCCAGACGAUGGACUAGCUAUAUCACCAGGUGGAGGUCUACAUCCCCGUAAGGAAACAAUGCAAAGAUUUGGAUCAAGUGGUACUAUAGCUCAAGAAGCAGAACAAUUGAUUAAGAAGUGAAUCAUCAGAAAAUUAAGACAAGAGAAGGAAUGUGGAUCUCAACUAAAUAUAGUUCCUACUACAAAUAUGCAAAAUUAAAGAUAAUUUCAGUCAAAAAGAAAAAAAAACCCAACAUAGUUCCCAUUUUAGUUUAUUAGACAAGAACUGCAAAAAAAACAAUGCUUUUAGGUUUUCACAUGCUUUCGGACAUAACACACUGAGAUUAGUAAGAAAAAAUGCUAAAUUAAACAUUAAGACACUAUGUUCGC